UAUUUAAUAUACAUAAUCAUAUCAGACUAUGUUUAGUUCCCAUAAUCAUUUAAAAAGAAAAACUCCUGAACAGGGAAUUAAUCGUCAAGAAUUUAUCGAACAUUUGGUUGAAGAAUAUUACACCUCUACUAAUGCAGAAGCCCAAGAACAAGUAACAGCAAAUUUAGCUAAUUUUGCAUAUGAUCCUAUCAAUUGGGAUUAUCUCAAAACUGCCGAAGUUUUAAAAUUAUUUUUUGAACUACUGCAGACACCAAAUGAAAAAUUUCAAUUACAUGGUUCGGCAGGAUUGUGUAAUAUUUGUUUAGACCACGAAGCCCACAAUUAUAUUGUUAAAUCUCAAAAUUUUAACAAAAUUAAGGAUUUAUUAAUAAAAACCAAAAAUCUAAACGUUAUCUUAAAUAUUUUAACCUUGCUGUAUCAAUUGUUGUCACACUCGGAAUCAACUAAAAACUUCAUUCUAUGUGGAACGAUUUUGAAACAAAUCCAACAUUUUAAGACUCUAUACGAAAAGGAUCAACGUAUUGUAAAUAUUAGUGUCUUGUUGAUAGAGGAGUUUGGCAAACGCUAUGAACUUGUUAAAGUUAACACCAAGAUACCGUUUAAUGACAAGAUGGCUAAGUAAACAUCAGCAGUCAAUAUUCCUAAAACCCGAAUUGAAAAUUAUCAAACGAUUUACUCAAAAAGAUCUGGAUAACUUUUCACAAUUAACAGGAGACUUUAAUUAUAUACACACUGAGGACGUGCCACAGGAAAAACGAAAAGUU